UGUUGUCAGUACCUAUUUGUUUGGCGCCUAAAAUACUGAGUCCGCCUGGACUGAAAAGCUUUGUGUUGUUGAUAAUAUUUCACUAUUAUUAUCCAAAAUUUUGUAUUAAUGAGUAUUGAAUAACGUUUCGAUUUGUCUGAGAGUUUUACAAAAACCAAAGAAGAGUAUCAUCAAAAAUUUUCAUCGCAAUGGGUCUUCUACAAUUAUGUGAAAAAUAUUUCAAAACCACAAAUUUAUAUGAAAUUUACGGAAUCGCUGAAAAGGCUUCUGAUAAGGAAGUAAAGAAAGCCUACCACAAAUUGUCACUGAAAGUCCAUCCAGAUAGAGUUGAAGAAGAUGAAAAAUUAGAAGCUACAGAGAAAUUUAAAGUUUUGGGAAGCAUUCAUUCUAUUCUUACUGACAAAGAAAAAAGGGCCCGGUAUGAUGAGACUAAAAGUGUUGAUGACGAUGAUUCUGAACUGGCAGAACGAGAUUGGGUGGUGUACUGGCGAAUGUUGUUCAAAAAAAUCACCAUUGAUGACAUUAGAGCUUAUGAAAAGGAAUAUACUGGCUCAGAACAAGAGAAGGCUGAUAUAAAACAAGCAUAUUUAGCUGGAAAGGGAGAUAUGGACUACAUUGCUGACCACGUCCAAUUUGCUAGAACUGAGAAUGAACCGCGUAUCAGAGAAAUUAUCAAUAAAAUGAUUGAAGAUGAUGAGAUUCCUGCUUACAAAAUAUUUACACAUGAGCCAGCAAAGAAGCGACAAAGAAGAAUAGCAAAAGAAAAUCGUGAAUCCAAAGAAGCAGAGGAGGAAAAGGCCAAAUUGGGUUUAGGAUCUGAACCAAACAGCCUAGAACUGAUGAUAAGACAAAAGCAGGAUGCCAGAGCUCAACAAGUGGAUUCAUUUCUCGAUAAUCUUGCCGCUAAGUAUUGUGAGAAAAAACCCAAAUCAUCAAAACGAAAAGCAACUGCCAAAGCUGAGACUAUGACGAAAAAUAAAAGACGAAAGUGAUAUUUUGUUAUAAAUAAUAUGUAUUUAAGUUUUUCAAUUUAUUGGUAAUGUAUUUAUGCUCUGAUAGAAAAUAAAA